AGAAUAGCGGGCACCGCCUGUCUCGCAACGUCGACCAAGCAGCUGAUGCGUUUUUUGUUAGCUUCUCCAGUGACCUUCUAUUUUGCACUCAAAACAGAACACAUAGACGUUGGUUGACGUACUCCACAACCUGUGUUUUUUUCCUAAUUCCUUGACAACAACAACUCCAGGAAAGGUGAUACGGCAUCGAGUGGCGCAGGCGCUGUUGUCUCCUUCUCUUCUCUUUACUGCGUGUGUGUAUGCGCCUGCUGCAACGCGCGUCAUUGCCAGCCGCUGCUGUUUGUGUUGCCAUCCUCAUAGACUCCUUCAGACAAAACCAAAAAUAUACGUAGAACGUGUGCGGUUGAAGGGAAUAAUAUAGUAGUAGUAGAUUUCAUACUUCACUCCCGUCUUUUGUGGUUCUCCUCUUCCUCUGUCAAAAAUAAUAAAACAAUUGCUGCUUCGUAUAUACACCUCUAAAGCUAUUUCGCACAAUGGCGAGUUCUGAAUUCGAGUUUGUGCAGGGCAACGAGCGGCUAGACUGGGGAGUCCUUGUUUCGAUUGAUGUGGAGCGGCUGAUGAAGUCGACCAGCGUGGAGACGCUGCAGCGCAUCAUCGAGAACAUCGCCUUCUCACGCGUCACGCGAGACGAGGCGGCCCUCUUCACCGCAGAGCACAUCCUCCACCUAUUUCAGCUCUGCCAGGUCGUGAUUCAGUACCUCGUCUACUCCCAGGAGGUGCUGGCGAAGAUGAACGUGCGGCUGAACGAUCGGAUGGCCGCGCAGCAGGCGGCCGUGCAAGAGCGCGAGGUGAUGCUGCAGCGCCUCUCCGAGGAGAACAGUAGCUUGAAAAAGCAAGUCAAGACGCAGCGGCGGACGUUGUUGGCGUACGAGUACAACGCACAGGCGGCUUUGGCGCGUGGCGGCGGCGGCGGCGCACCGACCGCCCCGGCCUACGCCUGUCCGUACUGCGGCGAGGUGUACCAGAAGGCGGAGUCGAUGCAGUCGCAUCUGCGCAAGCGGCACAACACCUCUUCCUCUGCUGCUGCUGCGCCUUCCGUUCCUUCCGCCUGGAGUGACGGUGCAGGUCUGCCUGUGCCAGCAGCGGUGUCGUCCCCCUCCCCUCCGCCCCCGGCGCCCACCUCAUACGCGCAGCUCCCCCAGCAGAGCUACUACCAACCACCACCGCCGCAGGUUUCGUCCGCUGAAGAACUCGCGGCCCUUCCGCAACUCCGUCAUCGCGUGGAACAGCUAGAGAAGGACAAGGAGGUGAUGGAGCGUCAGCAGCGUGAGAACUUAAUCCUCAUGAUGCUGGGCGCGACGCGAUCACAGCCCACGACCACCCCGCCACCUCCACCACCACCAUCUCCAGCGGCAGCCCCCGCUACUGCCUCCGCGCUUCCCUCAGCGUUCGCGCCAUCGCCGUCUUCUUCUCCGCUGCCCGGCCUCGCGUCCUCGUCGCCUGCCUCUCCGUCCCUCGCAGAGCAGCUGCAGGGUAUUCCCGUCGUACCCGACGUCAGCGCGAUGAUGAACUACAACCUCUCCUGCCAGCGGGAGUCGUCCGAGAACGCGCUGCGACGGCAGCUGGUGGACCUCGAGGCGGAGAUCCGGGCCCUGAGGACCAGCAACGCAGCAGCCGUCGCACCGGGGACGACGACACCAGCAGCGGCGGCAGCAGGGACCGAACCCACCGUCCCGCGUCCGCCGUGGGUGGCAGAGCUGCAGCAGGCGCAGCACCCCACCACCACCAUCACGACACCUUCACUAACGCCGGUGCCGGUAGUCCCUGCGCUCUCCGUGCCUGCCAGCCCACCGCCGACGCCGCUCCCGCCGGCCCCAGCCUCCGCCGCCGUGCCACCGACGCACGCUUACGACUACACAAGUGGGAUCACCGUCAACGUGCCCGCUCCUAUCAGUCCCCCGCAGCUGCCUUCACCCCUGUCGGGUCUGCAAGCCCCACCGGUCAUGAGCCCGCUUCCACCGCCAGCACCGUCUGUUGCAGCGGCAGAGACGCCACUCUCUGUGCCUCGAUUUGAUACGCAGCAGCAGCAGCAGCCACCUGCUCCGCUGUCCAGCCUCUUGCCGAGACCAGUUCCACUCCCUCGGUGUCCCAGGCAGCAACUCCCUCCCACAACAGCAGCAGCAGCAGCAGCCCGUCACGGUGGCGGUGGCCGUACCGUCUACCCCGGAGAAGAAGAAGCACGCCCACGCGACGGCGCACCACUGGGCGAGUGA